AUGGAUCAGACCCAACAGGCUAGCGGGAGUAACUCCAGUCGCAGAAGAGAGGAAGCAAAACCAUUUUACAAUGAACAGGUUGAGCGGAUGCUUGCAUGGCUAGCGAUCAACGUCCCCAAACAUAUCCCUGGCAACGCACACAGCAGCAGGACUGCUUGGACAGUGUUUAAGCGGAUGUGUGAGGAUAAGGCAGAACUCCACUGGACCAGCAAACAUCCUGUCGCUUCAUGGCAGAACCAUUUCAAGAAGCGCUUCGACAAGUUCAACCCUAGAGUUGAUAGGCUGGCGAAUCUGGAUAGAAACGGAAAGGGGAAGGCUCCUGAGAUUACCGCCGAGGCAAUAAUCCUGAACAGGAAGCGUGCCAAUUCGGUUCAACCCAACUCUCUGCCACAUCCCCAAUCUCUCAAGCGGAGGAAGCCAAAUGGGAACGGUGCUGGUUCAUCGCCCAAGGGAAAUGCCCCUUUGUCACUGUAUGGGAGUGUCAUAUCCAUACAAUCCCGACCUCCGCUCCGGGCUCCCGGAACUCCGCACUCCGACUUCCGGAGCCCUACUUCCCUUCCAUCACCUUCUCCUUGCCGACUCCCAAGAGGUUAUCCCACCUCCGGCUCGGACACCACCUUCGGCCCGACUCCGGAACAUUCCGGGUCCGACCCCAACCUCGACACCUUCCAGACGAGUACGCAAAACCUAUGCUCCCGACUCCGGACCUCCGCUCCGGUAUCCCGUUCACGUCUCGUCCCCGGAACCUCCGGUUUUAGUUCCGACCUCGGACUUUGA